AUGGAAAAAUUGAGUCAGAUUAUUGUUAUCUGCAAGUAUUGCCCCAAAGUGUGGUUGCUCGUAGCUAUGAAGCUUUAUUACCCUUACAUGAUGAGGAAGUGGUUCAAGCAGUACAAGAAUGUAGCAGUUAGUGAAGAUUUCGAUCUUAUUUAUGGAGAUCAUGAUAGAACAAAAAUGGUUGAUGAUGGCGGAACUGAAAUUCAGAUGCAUAUUGAUACAGUGCUUGAGAAUAAAGAUUUAGAUUUUAGAUUAGAAGUUUAUUACAGUGAUGUAACUCUUCAUAUUUAUUCCCCAAGAGCUAUUAGAGAAGCAACUGCUCUUAUUCCACAGAAAAUAGACCAUUCAGAUGAUGAGAAGUUGAGUUUUGGAAAGCUCUGACCCCUAUCUUUUGAAAGGCAAAGAGCAUCUAAAGAAUGAAAAGUCAGAAAAGAAGCUGUUUUGAAGCACACACCUCUCAAGAGACCAAGUGAUCAUGUUGCAAUGAUGCUUCAGAAAAUUGAGUAUGAAUCAAGCAAGUGGGAGCUUAAUGAGUCAGUUGAUAUCAUUCGGUUUAUUAAUUGCUUGGCAAUCAAGAUGACUUGCAUAGCUCUUUUUGGUAACGAUUUUAUGAAGGAAUCUGGGAAAUGCCCGUAUGCAAAUGAGGAAAACAAUAUUGACAAUAUAUCCCUCCCAGAAGCAAUAUCUAAUACAUCUUGUGAUUUAGAGCAGAAUUAUGAAUAUCCGAUAUCUAAACUACUUCCAGGGAUUAACGAGAAGAACCUGGGACACCCUUAUAAGAGAGAUAAAAAGAAUAUUAAAGAAAUUCAAAAGUUUUUAUCAAACUAUUUAAAAUCUAAAGGCACCUUAAAAGUAAGUUGACUCGAUUCAGAUAAAUAGGAUGGAUCUCAUCACAAGUUCUCUCAGAUUACAGAAGAUCAGGCUGUCGGUGAUUACCUUAAUGUAAUCGAUGCAACUAAUUCUACCUUGGAUAUUGGUAUUGCGA